GGUUUUCCUAAUAUUUCGUCACCCUUAAAUGAACUACAGCAGACUGAACCAGGUGCACCCAAUAAAUAUUCGAUUGGAUCCAUUCAAUUAUCCCUCCCACCGUCACUCCAUGUAAUCCCAAAGCUUCAAAUUCUGAUCCCGAUGGGUUGCUGUGUUAGCACCACCACCAGCUCAGCCACUCCAAAUUCUCCCGUUUUCAAAUCCAAAAGUAACAAAAAAUGCUCCAGGAAAUCUCUGCCAUCCGCACAGCCAUUGCUAGAAGAAGAAACAGUUAAAGAAGUCCUCUCUGAAACUCCCAUCAUUCCGAAACAACCAUCACCCAGCAUUAGAAAAUUUCAAGAUAAUCACCAAAAGGAAACUCAAACUCCAGUUAUAAAGGCUGAUCUUUUAGCACCAGAUUUCUCCAAGGCCGUAUAUAUGAAACGGCAGAACGAAACCGUUUUGAAGAAGCCUUAUAUGGUAUUCAACAACGAGGAGAUAUCGGAAGAGGGUCUGAUUGAGGGUGCAAGCUUUUCAGCAGAAUUUACAGAAAAGAGAGAGAACAUUAGCGAUCGUGUUAAAGAUGUUAAAGAGGUCCGCCAGAAGCCAACGGCGAAGUUCAAGAACCGGUCGUUAUCCGGCGAAGUAAAGCCGGAUAGAGCAGUGAAAAAAUCACCGGUGAGAAUGCCCGAGUCAUCACCAGUUCGGGUCGGAUCCGGGAGGGAGAGUCCCGCAGUUUAUGGGAGGAAAAAGGACAGUGGCGAAUGGUCAGGAAGAAGGUCAAGAUCGCCAGUGGCACGGACGGAUAGUGGGCCGGCGAUAACGGGUUUGGAUCGGAGCCAGUCGUCGAGAAGAAUCGGGAAGUCUCUGGAUCGGGUCAGGUCCGGUUUGGACGAGAGGCACCGGAAACUGGAGGAAGAUGACAGAGACAGUAAGCUGCCACCGACAAGUAAUGAAUCGCUUGAAAACCCACUUGUGUCCUUGGAAUGUUUUAUCUUUCUGUAGCGUAAUAAUAUGGUUAGAGCUGUAAUUUUGGGCAUGUUAAAGGUUAUUUUUGGUAGUCAAAGAUAACUUUGGAGGGAAAGGUUCCAAUUUACAUUGCAAAAAUUACACCUUAUACCCUCCUCCAAAAAUGUUAUGCAAAUUGGACUCAUCAAUAUUUUGAAUUCUUCAGCAAAUCAUUGCAUUAACUUCA